AUGUCGUCACCUGGUAACGAUCUUGGCAUUCACAAGAAGGAUCUGUCGCUCAUUGGAGAGCAAGCAAGAGCAGAUGCCACCGCUGCUGGUAUGGACGACGAUGCUACUCAAUACCACAUACGGUUGGCCGUUGACCAUGCCAGAGAUUACAACGACCUCUUUGACGCCUUGUCAACUCGGGCUGAGGCUGGUUCGGUACGCCCUCAGGCUCCAGUUAUCGACCGUGGCCACAAGGAGGAACUUCGUGUCAACCUGCAAAUGCCGGAACGAUACAAUGGCACCACUGACUUUGCCGCAUGGUUGAGACGCUAUGAGAACACUGCUAAUGCUGCCGGUUGGACUUCGGCUACGAAGGCUUCUCGCUUAGGAAUGUACCUUACCGAUGAGUUCUACGAGAUGUGGGAUCAGUACGCCCCUAAGCAGACCUUCGAGGAGGACGGUCGGAUCAUGCUGCAGAUGCUGGCUCGUCGUCCAGCGGAUGCUCUCUUGGACAACUUUCAUGAUCUUCGGUGGGCUCCUGGUACUAACGUCGGUACGUUCUUGGCACGUGCUCGACGUAUGUUGACCGAAUACAAUAAGAAGUUAACUGAUGAUAAGAAGCUCUCUAACGCUUCCCUCGACCAGAUGAUCCUCAACAAGUUGAUCGCCUUGGCCCCAGCUUCAGCGAAGGCGGAGCUGAGACGACGUCAGCCUACCCGCAUUGAGGAAAUGGUUGACAUCAUCAGCGACUACGCUCCGGCUACUGACCUGACUUCGGCUUCGAGCCCUNNNNCUGCUUGCACCUCAGCAGUGACCACCUCGUCCACCCUCUCCCAUUCCUCUGGGUCAUGGGAUUUCAUGGUAGUGAUUCCUGCUAAGGAAUCGACGAGAGUGAAAUCCUGGACGACAGAGGAACACAACGUGCACAAUGAAGCACGCAGUAGAAACCAAAGUGCUUCAAUAGACGCUAGACUGAUCACAUGA